CUUAUGGAUUUCUCCAUGAUCCUGCAAUAAGUAGCAAUGCUGCCCAAAUGGGAAUUAUUUCUCUACCUGUUUGUUUCUCUGGGUUUCCACUUUUAUUCUUUUUAUGAAGUCUACAAAGUCUCUAGAGCACAUGAAAAGGAACUGGACCAAGAGUUUGAAUUGGAGACAGAUGCUUUAUUUGGAGGAUUUAAAAAGGACCCUACUGACUUUGAAUGGAGCUUCUGGAUUGAAUGGGGGAAGCAGGAUUUGGUAUGGCUUUUUCUUGGCCAUAUGGCUAUAUCUCAAAUCACCAUGCUCCUCAUGGGAAAGCACAGACCCUGGUUUCUCAUGAUCUACGGAAUGGGGGCCUGCUGGUACCUACUAGGAGCUCAUGGUCUGGCAAUGAUUUUCCUCCACACCAUCAUUUCCUUCUCCGUAGCCCAGUUUCGGUCCACACUCAUGUCAUGGCUUUGUUCCUUAUUGCUGCUUUCCACACUACAGGUUCAAGCUCUGGAAGAUGUAAAGAAAGGAUGGUAUAAAACAGAGAAUGAAUAUUACUUACUGCAGUUCACCCUGACGGUUCGAUGUCUCUAUUAUACCAGCUUCGGUCUUGAGUUCUGCUGGCAAGGACGGUCCCCUGAGAGUUCCCCCUACUCCUUCUUCUGGCUGUUGGCUUAUGUUUUUUAUUAUCCAGUCUUGCACAAUGGUCCCAUCCUCAACUUUUCAGAAUUUAUCAAGCAGAUGAAGAAUCAAGAAUCUUAUUCCCUCAAGAUUAAUCUCCGCAUGUUUGUCUUGGGAGCAAGUCGCCUUCUCUGCUGGUGGUGGUUGGCUGAACUGAUGAUUCAUUUAAUGUACAUGCAUGCUCUGUAUAGUAGUAGUUUUCUUCUGGAAGCUGUAUCUUCUUGGGCCUUAGGUGGACUAGCAUUAGCCCAAGUACUCUUCUUUUAUGUGAAGUACUUGGUCCUUUUCGGUGUUCCUGCCCUGGCUAUGCGGCUGGAUGGACUCCAACCCCCUGCCCUUCCCCGAUGUGUGAGCACAAUGUACAGCUUCACUGGAAUGUGGAGGUAUUUUGAUGUUGGGCUUCAUAAUUUCUUAAUCCGAUACAUCUAUAUCCCAAUGGGAGGCUCGCGCCAGGGAGUGUUAGGAAUGCUCUUUUCCACAGCGAUGACUUUUGCAUUUGUGAGUUACUGGCAUGGAGGGCAUGACUACCUGUGGUGUUGGGCAGUGCUGAACUGGGUAGGAGUGACAGUGGAGAAUGGGGUGCGGAGGCUCCUGUCCAUCCCCUUCAUUCGCAACAGUUUGGCCCAGCAUCUCUCCCCACAAGCUCGCCGUCGACUGCAUGCCAUCCUGGCUGGUGCCUCCACAUCGAUGCUGAUUCUAUCCAACCUGGUGUUUCUUGGGGGGAAUGAUGUUGGGAAAAUCUACUGGAACAGAAUCUUCUUACAAGGUUGGCCAUGGGUGAACCUCUCAGUCAUGGGAUUCCUGUAUUCUUAUUCCCAUGUGGGCAUUGCCUGGUCUCAGACUUAUGCCACAGAUUAAUACUAUCUACCUCCUACUCCUGGUCAGACGUCCAUUUUGGGAAGAUUACUUUGACAUCUGAGUGGAGAAGGGACUGGAGUAGAAAGAGACUUUAGACAAUGAAACCAUUGGAAGAAGAUGGCACCUCUUCAUGAUUUCCAACUGAAGGACUACUCACUGAGAGGAACUCAGGAGCCAUCUUCUACAUCAUCUUCAUUAGUUUUGUCAAAGACACCUCCAGAAGAACCCAACCUGGGGCUGAGACCUUGAAAUCACACAGCAUAUUUCCCACCAGAGGAAUUUUAUAUUUAAAGAAACUGAGAGCAAGAAGAGAGCUUUAAAGCCAGGGCUGUGCUGUAAUCACUACAAAUCACUCCUCAAUUUAUUAUUUUGUUGAUUGAGAAAACAUCAACAAUGCAGAUUAAACUUGCAUGACAUGGGUACUCUUUUUCCUCCCAGAAGAGCUCAUUGUUAAAUGUUUACCAGCACACCACUGUUUAUAGCUAAUAUAUGGGAACAUAGGCUUUGGAGUUUAAAGAAACUUUGUACAUCAUCUAAUGUGAUCCUCUCUGCCAUUUUUGCAUAUGAGGAAUGUGAAGACUAGAGAAAUGAAAGGAUUUUCCCAAGAUUAUAUAGUGAAUAGCAGAGUUAGAAUUCAAAUCCAGAUCAUCUGACACCACAUUCAGUGCUCUUUCCACCAAACAGAUGUUGCUCUUUGUUUAAGGUAGGGACCCAAAUAUGUAUACAAAAUGAAAAUUUAAAGAAAAAAGAGAGGAGGAGGAAAGAGAAUGGAGAGAGCAUAGUAUAGAAGCAUUUUCUUUUUUUUUUUUUUUUGCUGAUUAAUUUGGUUCUCUUUUGUUAAAUGCUAACCUUUUCAUGAAUUUAUCCUUUAUUUCAUGUGUUUUUGUUAAUAGUAAUUGAGCUUAAUAUGAAUUUAAGCAGUUAUAUUUACUGAUUAGUGGCUAGAACAUCACAUUGAUUUUAUAUUUUGUUUUUGUUGAUUGUCAUUUAGUUCCUAAUAUUUUAAAAAGCAACAAAAUUUACUGAUUAGAGGAAUAGACUAUCCUCCCAUUCCACUGAGAACCUUGUUUCUUGAGUAUUUAUUCAUUCACUGGACAUUAAGUGCCCACCAUAAGCAUAUAUAGAAUGUGUAAUGUGUGGGGGGCUGAGGAAGACACAGUGGUAAUGCUCACUCCAGAUUGUGGCAGUACAGUUGGCCCACACUCUGUGCCCAUCUUUGGUGCUUACUAUAUGCAACAAACUAGGAUUAAAUGUCUUACCAUGGGGUGAGAUUUAUAGACCAAUAAAGGAAUGAGAAACAGAGACAGAGAGCGAUAGACAAAAGAAGAAAGACAGAGACAGCAAAACACCCCAAAUAACUUUAAUACAUAGUCUAUCAGAGAAGUGCAAGAAAAAGUUGUAUAAUUAUUCAGCAGAAUGUUGUAGAGAGAAUUCUUGUUCUGGGUUUGGUUAGACUAGAAGACCUUUACAAUCCUUUUUUUAUUUUCUUUUUCUAAUAUUCACUGGAUAUAAAGAAGAGACUCAUUAACAAGAGAUCUGGGGGAGAAAGGGGAAGAAAGAGAGAGAAGUGGAGCAUGUGUGUUCGACAGAACCUUCAUCUACCUCUUGUAUUUCCUAGUCCUCUGUAAGGUUUAACUCGUGUCACCUCCUAUCUUGUUUCCUUGAUUCUUCUACUUUUACUUUUCCAUAUAUAUUUUGUUCCUUCCCCGUAGAAUGUAAGCUCCUUGAGGGCAGAAACUAUUUCCAUUUUUGUUUUUGUAUUUUUAAUUCUAAGGACAUAGCAGAUGCCUAAUAAAUGCUUUUGAACUGAAUUGCA